AUGGAUAUUACAUUUGCGCCAUACCACAUCCAGCUAAAAGAUUUAACUGCUAGACCUGCUAGGGAAGUGCUCAUGAUGCAAGGCGGCACAGGAGGAAGUAGCAGCAAUCCAGUGUCAGCUGAUCACGAUGCCAACAACGUGAAGUUCAUAGUGGACUCUGGCGCUUCGGUUCACGCCGCAGGCAACCGGGGCGUCUUCUCUGACAUCACCGCCGUCCUUGAGCUGGAGGGUACGGAGCUUCGCAUGGCCAACGGCUCGACUCUGACCGUAGAAGGGUGUGGCACCGUGCGUCAUGACAACAUCGCGCUGCAUGACGUCAUGUUUGCCCCCGGUCUGGACAUAAACGCCGCCUCUGUGUCGAAGCUCGGCGAACAGGGCUACACCGUGGAGUUCACUCGGACCACGUGCUUCAUCCGGGAUGCCAGCACCGGCGAACUUGUUGGCAAAGGGCACUUGGUCGACGGGCUGUACGAGCUUGAUUUCCUGGAGGCCCCGCGCGCUUACUAA